AAUACACAUCAUCCACACGAAAGUGGAGUUGAACACCCUACCUAUAAAUAAGCAAAUACACCAUACAUACCAAAAGUACGUGGGUGAACUUCCGCCAUGGAAGGGAUCUACAAAACACUUCCUCAACACACGUAUAGUUGGUCGCAAGGCAGAGCGACCUUCUACAAGUAUCAAGGCUUCUGGAACGUUCAAAAUUUCCCUGAAAAAACAAUUUUGGCUCAAAGCUAUCAGGCACAACCAAGUGACAUACUAUUGUGCAGUUGCCCCAAAACUGGCACAACUUGGCUGAAAGCCUUGAGUUUUGCCAUUUUAACCCGUGAAAAGUUUGAUCAUGCAUCAGCCAGCCCUUUGCUAACAACCUUGCCUCAUGAUUGCGUCCUGUUUCUAGAGAACCACCUUGCAAAAAUCAAAGAAAACCCUUCGGAUCUCCCCCUACUGGCUACGCACCUUCCUUAUUCUUCUUUGCCAAAAUCAGUCAUAGCUUCAAACUGCAAGAUUGUUUACAUAUACCGAAACAUAAAAGACGUCCUAGUUUCCUACUAUCAUUUUGUUCGAGAACUAGUAAACUUGUCUGUUGAAGAUGCGCCAUUUGAGGAGGCGUUUGACGAUUUUUGUCAGGGCAUUUCAUCUUUUGGACCCUACUGGGAUCAUAUCCUGGAAUACUGGAAAGCAAGCCAGGAAAGGCCAGACAGAUUUCUUUUCUUGAAAUAUGAGGAUUUGAAAAAGGAUGCUUCAUGCAAUGUGAAACAGCUUGCGGAGUUUUUAGGAUGUCCUUUCUCGGUUGAAGAAGAGAAAGCAGGCGUGCUUGAGAACAUUAUAAAUCUGUGCAGUUUUGAUAGUCUGAGCAACUUAGAAGUGAAUAAAAGCGGGAUGUAUCAAGCAGAUGAAGUUUCUGGUGUAGAACACCGACUCUUUUUCAGGAAGGCCAAGGAUGGAGAUUGGGAAAACUACUUCACAGAUGAGAUGAAAGAAAAGAUCGACAAACUGAUUGAUGAAAAAAUGAGUGGAACUGGUUUGGUUCUGAAAUGAUGAGGAGCUAGAGCCUCAAGAUCACUCCGUAUGCCUGUGCUUUAUUUUAGUCUAUCCAUGAAAUUGCUUGGUUUUCGAUAAUUGAUAACUUUUAUGUUGAUCAUCUGUUUGGAUGGAUACUUUUAUUUUUCAUUAUUUGAUGUUCUCUCUUUCAGAUUCAAAUGAUCUUGUUAUGUUUCGAUUAAUGAUAUAUCUCUGUGCUUCCAGUACAA